AUGACCUCUCAUAAGAUGCCUGCAGAGAAUAAUGCGUCUUGGACAAGAGACAUUUUAACUUUCACUGUUUAUGCCGGCUUGGGCUCAAACCGAUAUGUGCUGCUUGCUGUUGUUGUGUUGGUGUACCUUGCCACAGUAGUAGCCAAUGUUGCUGUUAUGCUGCUGAUUUGCCAUGACAGAUCGUUGCACAAGCCAAUGUACAUAUUUCUAUUUUGUUUGAUUUUAAGUGGGUUAAUUGGAAGUACAUCUUUUUGGCCAAAUGUAAUGAGUAUACUAUUGACAAACAGACCUCUCAUUUCAUUGGAGGGGUGUUUUUUCCAAGUUUUUCUAAUGUCGACCUAUGGGGGUUGUCACUUUUCUGUUUUAACAGUGAUGGCUUAUGACAGGUUUGUCUCCAUAUUUCAGCCUUUGCAAUACCACGCCGUCAUGACCCCACUCAAAGUGAAACAGUUGCUACUUGUUGCAAACCUUAUCCCCAUGGCUGUCAUACUAACCCAGAUAUACCUCACAUCUCAACUGCCACUGUGCAGAUACAACGUUAACAAGCUGUUCUGUGACAAUUUAGUAGUUGUCGGGCUGUCGUGUGCUGAAAGUCAUACCAUUCAAAGACAGGUGAAUAACCUGUACGGUAUAUUUAACAUUACCUUUUUGUUAGGCCUGCCAAUCCUUCUGGUUUUGCUCUCAUAUGCUAAAAUUAUUGCACUAAGUAUGAAGAUUUCGCUAAAGGCGAGGAAGAAAGUGUUUCAGACCUGCUCUCCGCACAUUAUAACUUUUUUAAAUUUUUCACUGGCAUCACUGUUCUCUCUCUUCUAUAACCGUUUUAACCCUUCCUUGCCCACAGACGUCAACAUAGUCCUAUCAAUAAAUUACAUCCUUGUCCCUCCACUGUUACAGCCAAUCAUAUACGGCAUGAAAACACAGGAAAUUCGACAAAGUUUCACAAAAGUUGCCAGAACUAUUUUCCGGUGA